UAAACCCCUCCCCCACCCAAACCCCUUACCCCAUUACCACAGAAUUUCCUACUCUCGGCGGCCGGAAGUAAAGCAGAAUAAAUGAACCACCGAGUAGCCGCCUAGGUUUCCGACCAUCAUCUAUCUCUGCUCAGUCUCCCUCUCUCUCUCUUGUGCAUAAUGGAUUUGCAAAUCAAGCAUGCGAUGGUAGUUAAGGUUAUCGGCAUGACGUGGUCACACGGCCAAGUCUUUCAGUUGCAGAAUCGAUCGUUGAGAAAUUAUCGUCGGGUCUGUUUAAGGUGUUCGUCUUUGAAUGCUGAGAAAUCCGUUAAUUUUAAUUUUCCUCCGAGUGUUAGGCUAUCUUGUGCUCUCAGAAACAAGCCAGAAAAGAAGAUUCAUCCACUAAGAAGUUUCGCUAAUACGCAUCCCUCUUUUUCUGCGUUUAAAGUACCCGUAAAUGCUUCUCAUUACGGGAUGUUAAGUGGAAUGUGCUCGAAUUAUUACAGUAGUAGUAGCAGAGCAUUUUCGCAGAUGCCAAAUGCAAGUGCCCAAAAUAAUAUUGUUACGAAAGAAAGUGGGGGCAGUGAGAAGAACAGUUUAUUCAAAAUAUUUAAUAAGCAGAGGAAGUGGCCAAAGGGUCUUGCUGCCCACAAAGGAAAUGCAGCUCCGACUGAGGAAUUGCCAAGCAGCAGCUCCGAUGGUAAAGCAGCAGCUUUUGAUGAUGUCAUUUUGUCCCCUUUAAACGGUCAAAUUGUUAAGGAUAGUGAGAAAUCUUUAGUCGGCAAAAAUAUACAAACACCAAAAGGCAAAGAGAAAGCGAAGCCUCAAUCUAGGAGCAAGAAAAAGCAAACUCAAAGUGCUGUUGCUGAUGACACAUCGGACAUGCCAAUUAACCCCGUAAAGAUUUCUCAAGCAAAGGAGACUAAGAAUAACAAAAGCAAGAAAACUCCUAUUUCGUUAGAGGUUAAUUCGACUUCAAGUACAACAGAAGUGGUUGAUAGUAAUAUUCCAAUCAAGAUUGUCAAGAAGAAAGCAACUAAAAAGGGGAAAGCAAAUACAAAAUCACGUUCUCCUCUGAAAUCUAACGAGGAACUUAUUGUACAAUCAGAUGUCAAAGUACCGAGCCAAGAGUCACACGUGGUCGUUAAAACUAAGUCUCAAGGCCCAAAGGUUUGGAAUCAAUUAUAUCCACCUAUUGCUAAAUCUGUGGUAGUGGUGGAAUCUGCUACAAAGGCUAAAGUGAUUCAAGGAUAUCUUGGUGAAAUGUACGAGGUUGUAGCAAGUUAUGGCCAUGUUAGAGAUUUGGCUGCAAGAUCAGGAUCUGUACGACCUGACGAUGAUUUCAGUAUGGUGUGGGAAGUCCCAUCCGCUGCGUGGUCUCAUCUUAAGAGUAUUAAGGUUGCACUUUGUGGAGCAGAAAAUCUUAUUCUUGCCUCAGACCCUGAUCGUGAAGGAGAGGCAAUUGCUUGGCACAUACUCGAAAUGUUGCAGCAACAGGAUGCUUUGCGCGAUGAUGUUACUGUUGCAAGAGUUGUUUUCAACGAAAUAACCGAAUCAUCCAUUAAAACUGCUCUGCAGUCCCCACGAGAGAUCGAUGCAGACUUGGUGCAUGCUUAUCUCGCACGGCGUGCACUUGAUUAUCUGAUUGGUUUCAAUGUUUCUCCUUUAUUAUGGAGGAAAUUACCUGGUUGCCAGUCCGCUGGGCGUGUCCAAUCAGCUGCUUUAGCUCUUAUAUGUGAUAGAGAAAAAGAAAUCGACGAAUUCAAAGCUCAGGAGUAUUGGUCAAUCGAUGUUCAAUUCCAGAAGAACGAUUCAAAUUCAGCCAAGAACACUUCUAUCGCCUCACAUUUAACCCAUUUCGAUUCCAAAAAGCUGAGUCAGUUGUCGAUUAGCUCUAGUACAGAGGCAAAAGAUAUUGAAGAAAAGAUUAACAUGUCCAAGUUUGAGGUCACCGGUUCUAAAACUAGCAAAAGUCGGAGAAAUCCACCAAUGCCGUACAUAACGUCAACUCUUCAGCAAGAUGCUGCAAACAAAUUGAAUUUUGCAGCGUCACAUACAAUGAAAGUUGCACAGAAGCUUUACGAGGGAGUCCAAUUAUCCGACGGCAAGUCUACUGGACUAAUAACUUACAUGAGAACUGACGGCUUGCACUUAUCAGACGAAGCAAGUAAGGAUAUCCAAUCCUUUAUCGUGGAGAAGUAUGGCCAGGAUUUUGCAGCAAAGAGUAAACGCAAAUAUUUUAAGAAGGUGAAAAAUGCUCAGGAGGCUCAUGAAGCCAUUAGACCCACCGAUAUCCGAAGACUUCCAUCAAUGCUUGCUGCGGUGCUCGAUGAAGAGUCCCUCAAGUUGUACACUCUCAUAUGGUGUCGUACGACUGCAUGUCAGAUGGAACCUGCUGUAAUUGAGCAUAUACAAUGUGAUAUUGGCAAUGCUAACCAGUCCAUUGUUUUCCGUUCAACAUGCUCGAGAGUGGAAUUUAAAGGCUUUCAAGCGGCUUAUGAAGACCAAGAAACAUUCAGAGACAGAAAUAUCGAGGAUGAAGAGAAUCACCGCAGUGAAACAUACGAGGUUUUGAGUUCUUUGAAAUGUGGGCAGCCAUUGUGCGUGACUGAAGUAGAACUCGAUCAACAUUCUACGCAGCAUCCACCUCGAUACUCCGAGGGAUCGUUAGUGAAGAAGCUGGAGGAACUUGGCAUAGGAAGACCUUCUACUUAUGCAACCACUAUUAAGGUGCUAAAAGACAGAAAUUACAUAACAGUUAAAAGCAGGACACUGUAUCCAGAAUUUCGUGGGCGGAUGGUUUCGGCUUUCCUCUCUCACUAUUUUUCUGAGGUGACGGAUUAUAGUUUCACUGCUGAUAUGGAGACCGAACUCGAUAAUGUUUCGGCUGGAUUAACUGAAUGGAAAGGCCUUUUAAAAGAUUAUUGGACUAGAUUUAGCAAGUACUGCGAGUGCGCUGGCAGUGUGCAUAUCCAUCAGGUGGAGAAGAUGUUGGAGAAAACAUUUGGCAAUUUCUUGUUCGCGUCGCUUCGCGAUGGAAAUAAAACUUGCCCAAGUUGUGGAGAAGGAACAUUGGUUUUCAAAGUUAGCAGGUUCGGUGCAGGGUACUUUAUUGGCUGUGAUCAACACCCAAAGUGCAAGUACAUUGCUAAAACACUCUACGGCGAAGAUGAUGAAGAAAUCACUCCUGAAAAUCAGAAGAACAACGUGCAGGAGCCGAAGCUGCUUGGUCUAAAUCCAGGAUCAAACGAGAAGGUUCUUCUGAAGUGUGGCCCAUACGGACACUAUGUGCAGCUUGGUGAAGAUAGGAAGGGGCACUUACCUAAGCGAGCCUCGGCGAAACAAAUAAAGAAUGCAGACUCCAUCACAUUGGAAGAUGCCUUGGAAUUACUCAAGUAUCCAUUGACCUUGGGAAACCAUCCAGACGAUGACCAACCGGUAGUUUUAAAGCUUGCCAACGUCGGAUAUACCAUUAGACACAGACGCACAAUUGCUUCAGUACCCAAGAAUAUGAAGCCAAAUGACGUAACCUUAGAGAAAGCUUUGGAGCUACUAAAGGGUGACGAUGUAAGGAGGUGUGGACGCCCCAAACGCAAAGCUGUGGUUAAAGAGGCUGUCUGAGCACAGGUUGAUUUUCAUUACACAAAUUAGUUUGUCUGUAGGUAGAGAUAUAUGUUCUUGUCAGGACAUAACAUAUACAGAGAAAAGUUUGUCUCAUUUUUGUUGGUAAUAAGUGUAAUUUUCAUUUAUUUGUUUUGGCAAAUGAUUGUGAUUUUUUUUU